AUGGAGACGGUUGCCUUCGCGCUGCAGUCGGAGUAUGGCGACCAGGAUCCCAGCAAGUUCCAGCGUCCCGGGAGUGCUUAUUUUCGUUUGGCUCACUUCCUCCCUCCCUGGGUCUUCUCCGAUCAAAAAGUGCUAGAACUCGGGCGCGAGCGAUUCCUGCGCAAGUGUCUCGGCCAUUUGCACAGAAAUUUACGCGGAAAGAGCAAAUUUCAAGCUCAACUUGAUUUCAUCGAAGCUGCCUCCAAGAUUGAAGAUACUACAGGCAACAGCUACCUCUUAUACAAAAACAAACUCGGCAAAGUCCCCGCAGCAAGAAUCGACAUUGCCUUAGGCGGGAUCCGAUUUUUCAAACCAACUCCUCGAAACUCAAUUCCUACAAAGCUUUUUGACUUCAAAUGGUCGCAAAUAUGCUCUUUCCGAAUUUCAAAUAAGAAAUUCGUGCUCCGCCAAGAAGAUCAACCUGCCUGCCGAAAACUCGUAUUUUCUUGCCUCUCGCACAAACGUGCUCGUUAUUUGCUAAUGUUUAUCACGCAAACACACAUCUUCGACUAUCACCAACAGAAGAUGUACAAGCCGCCUCAAAACGCUCUGCUCAAGAAUAUAGCUACCUCAAAGCCUGCCGUCGAGAAUUCAGUCGACGAGUGGUCUCCCAAACGCAUGAUUAUUUUAGAAGACUACGCCAGAAACAACUCCAACGCGGAGAAGGAAGAUGAUGAUGUUUUCUUCAUUGACGUGAGCAGCUCUACGCUUAAAACGAACAACCCUGCUAGCCGAGCGCUCUCAGUUUCUACCCCUAAGCGACCGGAAGUCGUUGAUCGUCUCCAAGUCAAAAUUCCAAGACACACGUCUAUGUCAGCCGCGGACCAACCUGAUCGACCAAAUGGUGGUCUCAGGACAUCUCCAUUAGCUGUGCCAGCAAUACCUCAGCGCCCGCCAGUGGCGCAAAUUCCAUCGAAAAUCCCACUCGCCGUUCUUUGUGAAUAA